UUAGCGAAAAACUAGUCUCUACCACCGAAUGUUAACGCAUUUUCUCUGCCAAAGUCCUUCAAAAUCCUCAGUCAAUGCAACAUGGACUUCGCAGACCAGUCUCAGCAACAAUCCUACCACUCAAAUCUCUCCUCUCUCACCCAAUUCCUCCGCCACCAGCACCUCCACCUCCACCUUCACCUGAAUUUACUCCAAAACCCUCCCUAAACCUUCAGUUGCGUAUCCUCCUACAACCCAUCCUCCAACACUUUCCUCACCCUUCAUCCUAUGCACCCAUUUUCCAGUUCCUUACUCGCCACAACUUCAUCAAACUAGGCCAGCAAGCCCACGCCCAAAUAGUCCUCCGUGGCCUUCAACCCAAUGCAUUCCUCGCCGCCAAAAUGGUGGCAAUGUAUGCCAGCUCCGGGGAUCUUGAUUCCGCUGUGGUCGUUUUUGAUAGGAUUGAUAACCCAUCUUCUUUGUUGUAUAAUUCGAUUAUUCGGGCUUAUACUCGACAUGGGUUUCCUGAAAAAACCCUCGAAGCUUAUGCCCGGAUGCAUUUUCUGGGACUUCUUAGUGAUAAUUUUACGCUCCCGUUUGUUCUCAAGUCGUGUGCGGACUUGUCGCGUGUUUGUAUGGGGAGAUGCGUUCAUGGGCAGGGCUUGAGAGUUGGAUUGGAGGGUGAUUUUUACGUGGGGGCUUCUUUGAUUGAUAUGUAUGUGAAAUGUGGUGUGAUUGGUGAUGCCCGUAAGCUGUUUGAUAAAAUGGUUGUUAGGGAUGUGGCUUCUUGGAAUGCUUUGAUUGCGGGUUAUAUGAAAGAGGGCGAGAUUGGUGUUGCUGAGGAUUUGUUCGAACGGAUGGAGCGCCGGAAUAUUGUUUCUUGGACUGCUAUGAUAUCAGGCUACACACAGAAUGGUUUUGCGGAGCAAGCACUGGGUUUGUUUGAUGAGAUGUUGCAAGAGGGUUCAGAGAUGAAGCCCAAUUGGGUAACUAUUGUGAGUGUUCUCCCUGCUUGUGCUCAGUCAGCUGCUCUUGAGCGUGGGAGGCGGAUUCAUAAUUUUGCUAAUGGAAUUGGUUUGCAUUUGAAUUCAUCAGUGCAGACUGCACUUGCUGGGAUGUAUGCCAAAUGUGGGAGCCUCGUUGAAGCUCGGCGCUGUUUUGAUACGAUAGCUCAAAAUGGAAAGAAUUUGAUUGCUUGGAACACUAUGAUAACGGCUUAUGCCUCUCAUGGCUGUGGUGUAGAAGCAGUUUCAAUUUUUGAGAACAUGUUAAGAGCUGGGGUUCAACCUGAUGCUGUAACAUUCAUGGGAUUGUUAUCUGGAUGCAGCCAUUCAGGUCUUAUUGAUGCUGGCUUGAAGUACUUCAAUGAUAUGAGUACAAUUCACUCAGUUGAACCAAGAGUUGAGCAUUAUGCAUGUGUCGUAGAUCUUCUCGGCCGUGCUGGGCGAUUGGUGGAAGCAAAGGAGCUGAUUAGUCAAAUGCCGAUGCAAGCUGGACCAAGCGUUUGGGGUGCACUGUUGGCUGCUUGCCGGAGCCACCGGAAUUUGGAGAUAGCAGAGUUGGCAGCUAGAAGGCUCUUUGUUUUAGAACCAGAUAACAGUGGGAAUUAUGUUCUGCUAUCAAAUUUGUAUGCUGAAGCUGGGAUGUGGGAGGAGGUAAAGAAGUUGAGGGCUCUUUUAAAAUAUCAAGGCAUGAAGAAGAGUCCUGGAUGCAGUUGGAUCAAGAUUAAUGGGAAAUCCCAUUUGUUUAUGGGGGCUGAUAAAUCUCACCCACAGGCUAAGGAAAUUUACAAAUUUUUGGAGGCCCUGCCUGAAAAGAUUAAGAUGGCUGGGUACAUACCAGAUACUAGCUUUGUGUUGCAUGAUAUUAGUGAAGAAGAAAAAGAAUAUAACCUUACAACGCACAGUGAGAAGCUGGCAAUUGCUUUUGGGCUUCUUAACACCAGCCCUGGAGUAGUUCUCCGAGUAACAAAAAACCUUCGAAUUUGUGGAGACUGCCAUGCGGCUACUAAGUUCAUAUCAAAAAUCUAUGAGCGGGAGAUAAUUGUGAGAGAUUUGAAUCGGUUCCAUUGCUUCAAAGAUGGUUCUUGUUCUUGCGGAGAUUAUUGGUGACCAUGCAAGGAGGACACUAAGUUUUGAAGUUGUGUCAAUUAAGAUGACAUCAGCACGGGUAUCUUAUCUCCAUUUUGUGUAUUGGGUGAAAUAUUGGAGUUAAUCUGAAGGGAUUUGUGGUCAUCCUAUACUAGCUUCGACUGACGUUUCAAAUUUUGACCUCAAUAUUGAACUCUGUUUACUUAGACAGAUGGAAUUAGUUCGUGGAAGUUUAUGAAAUGUAUAAAACCCAAAGCCUCAAAUACAGACUGGGAGUUUGUUUUACAAACAGUUCGGUUUGAGAAGAUUUUCACCUUGAUACAGCAACCAACAUCCAUCAUGAUCCCAGAAAACUGGGGCAAAGUGCAGAGUCAAUCCUUUUAUCUGGAUUUACAUUUCUAACAUUGAGGGGAUCAAAGCUUGAAUUUGGAAUAAUUCUAUUUUGGGCUAUCUGCAUACCUGAUCAGGCUUUGUGUUACAUGCCACAGUCGACAGAUUUUGUGGCUGCAUUAAUAACAGGAGAGUAAUUCUAAAACUCUCCAUCACUUCUUUGGUGGUUCAGUUACAAGGAGGCAAAAGUGACCUUUGGGUUUGCGUUAUGCAAGAGCUGGUCUAACCUGGGUCAGUCACUAAUUGGAGGUCAGGAUCACACAAAUUCGGACUGGUUACCAGAUGAAGGACUCGUUGGGAUUCUUGCUGUGUCUCCCCUACAAUGUGGUACACUGCAAUAAUGUUCUCAAGCAGCAGUAUAACCUGAUUUAAUACCCAACAGUAUUGAAUUAUGACCCAUGUGUGGAUUUGUCUAUUUCUGUGUAGUUGUUUAGUUCAGCUUAUCUUUUUGGUCCAAAUUUAUUUCAUUUGUUCUACCUGUCUCUUAAACAGGAUUAUAGUUCAUCAGUUAUUGAUUUUAUCAUUUACAACUUGCAGGAUAGAAAUGUUGGAAGAGGUGAUCAAUUAAAGCAGGUUACAGAUUUAUUUAUGGAACUCCACAAAUCAUCUGUUGGCAUGCAGCAGCAAAAGCAGCUAGAAUUGGAGGAGAGGAAGGUCUCAGAGCUGUUACCCAUUCUGUUCUUGCAUGCACUGGCUGUUUUUCACUCUAGCAGUAAAGCAGUGAAGAAUUGAUUCCAGGUUGGAACUCCGAUGGAGUGGCUAGAAUUUUCAGACUGUCUUCAGGGAGUGGCUCAAUAUCUGAAUGCCUCAUGGUGCCACGUUUUAUUCUUUCUGUGAAUAUAGAGCUUGGAUCUUAGAAGACCAUCUCAACACCUCAUAGUGCUACAUCUCAAUCUUUCUAUUAAUACUUAGAUUAUUGAAGACACAUAGCUCUGGUCAAUAGAGUUAGUACCAUAAAGAAGCAGUAUUUGCUGAAGUUGUUGGAUAUGUUGAAUUAUGCAGGAGACCUUAAUGCUAAGAGGUUUAUGAUUGGUUAUUUAUUUAUUUGAUUUACGAGUAAA